CCGCGUCGUCGCGGCCCCUCCCCCCUCUCCCGUGCGCUGCGCCCCCAAUUCCCGCUCCCCACGCACCCAGACACGCCGAGCGGGAGAGGAAGCGACAGCCAGCAGCCGAGGCGGCCAGCGCCAGCGCAGGCAUGACCACUCCCACUCCCAGUGGCGACGGCUCGCCCCCGGGCUCCUCCGACCUCGUGCCCCCUUCCUACCCCGAGAUGAUCGUCGCCGCGAUCGCAGCCCUCGCCGAGGAGAACGGCUCCAGCCAGGCCGCCAUCGCGCGCCGCAUCGAGGCGCAGGCCCGCGGCGACCUGCCGGCCUCGCACCCGGCGCUCGUCGCCGCCCACCUCUCGCGCAUGUCCGCCGCAGGGGAGCUCGUCGCCGUCGCGGGGGGGAAGUACGCGCUGCCCCCGCCGCCGGCGCAGCCGGCGCCGGAGUCACCGGCUGACGACGGCGAAGACGACGACGACGACGACGACUGCGCCGACGAGGUGGACGAGGAAGAGGAGGCGCCGGAGCCUCUGCUCGUGCCCGUGCCUGUGCCGCAGCCGCCCGCCAAGCGCGGGCGUGGGAGGCCCCCGAAGCCGCGGCCCGCUGGCUUCCCCAUCGGCGUCCCCGGAGCCGCUGCGUCCCCCGCCGCCGCGCCGCGACGGCGCGGCCGCCCUCCCAAGCCGCGUGACCCGCACGCGCCGCCCAAGAUCCCGCGCCCGCGCGGCCGGCCGCGCAAGAACCCGCUCCCGGAGGGGAUGGCCCCGCGCCCGCGCCCCGGCGCGCCGGCGUCGGCCAAGGCAGCGCGCCCGCAGUUCGCCGAGGUCGGAUUCGUGUGACGCGAGGGGCUCUCACCCGCCGCGGCGAGCUGGCGCAAGCUAACAUUCUGCCCCUGUUUCAGCUCUUGUCUGUCUGAUGUGGGUCUCGUCUCAGUUCGUGUGUUGCUGUCUAAUCCGGGGAGGGUAGGGGGGCAGGAAUAUGAAUGGAGGCAACUUCGUCGGUGUGUUGGUGUCUGUGUAGUCUCUACGUUAGUAUUGGUGGGUGGUGGCCGGAGUGGUGUGGCUCCGGCGGUGUAUCCCGUGUCUCCUCGCCGCGUUCGCGCAAUCCAAUGCAGUUGUCUGAUCGUUUCA